AUGCUGCUCACCAUCGCCGCGGAGCUGCUUCCGUACUCGUCAUUCCUCUCGACGUCGAGUUUCCUCCUCAACGCAGCCUUUCGCCCCGCACCACUCUCUACAAUCAUCUCAACCGUCGUCGAAGCUGCAAAGGCCGUGCCAGCAGCCGCGUGCAACCUCGCAUCCUUCGGCUUCACCAUCUCUCUCGGCCUCGCGAUGCUCUGCGUGCCGCUCGUUAUCUCGACGUGUGUAUGGACGGUCUGGACUCUGGCCGCCGUCGGACCCGCCCGCAAGACCCUCUCAACCAUCCUCAUGUGCGGACUGGGUCCGCUUGUCCUGCCUCUCCUCUCCUCUAUUGUCCUCGGCAUCGCCUGGGUAGCCUUCAGCGUGCUGGCCGCAGCAGCUGCCACGUUGCUCCCCUGUGUGGUACUCCUCAGCGCUCUCUACUGGGGACUCGUCAGCGCGGCGGAGUUUCGCACCAGGGAGAGGCGAAAGCCGCAGGACGGCGCGCAGGACAUCACGUUCACAGAGAUGCUUCUGGCCAUCUUUGCCGCCGCCACCUCCCUCGCCGUCACCGGCCCGGUCGUCCUCCUCCUCACGCUGAUCAAGAGCCCGUUGGUGCUCCUCGGAGCCACUGUCUUAGCUUCAUCGCAAGCGCUUGGCGCAAUCUGGAAGUCAAGGGCUGGUCCGUUUGGCUCACUUCUGCUGCUGGUCCUGUUCGCCCUCGGGUUUUCGGUCGGCGUGCCUUGCCUCGCCAUUGCCAUCGCCCUCUCCGCGCUCGUCAAGCUCGUCGGGUGCGCGCUGUGGCCUGGGUACGUCGCGUGUGGCUGGCUGCGGACCGUUGGCGCCAAGCGCCGGGUGGCACACCGCCGCCUCACUGUUCGAGCAGUGCGCGCGCGGCUGUCGGAUGCGAGCAAGGCCGCUUACCAGGUGGUCUGGCUCUCCGACAUUGUCACCAAUGCCAGUAUCUUGCUGCGACCUGACCUCGCUGCGCAGGCCGUACACGAGUUCGGCGACCUCGCCCGGGGCGCACGGCGCGAGCUAUCGCCAGAGGUGAGGUGCGUCUCGUGGUUUCCGCCAGCGGUGAUCGGAGUCUUUGGUGGCCGGGUCGGCGACGGCGGUGGGGAGUGGCGUGUGGAGGUGGGGAGGCUUGCGGCCAAGGCAGGCGUGGAGAGCGGAGCUUUCGAGAGGAUGUGGGGGGCAUUCUUUGCUGCCGUCGAAGCCUCCGGCCGCCGGUGCCUCGCAGAGGGCCUGUUGACUGAGGACGCCAUCCUCGAGGCGCAGCCUAGCCUAAUCGUCGGGCUGCCCUCCCUCGUGCUCUUCGAAGCCGUUGUGCGCUCGCCACCCAACGACGACGCGCUCACCUUGCGCGACGGCACCGAGCUCACGAAUAGCAGCCGACCGCGAGGCGCGUGGGCUGAUGCGCGCUGGGCCGAGCUGAUGCGGGCCAAGCACAAGUGGCAGCAGCACGAGGCGCGGAUCCUGUCCGGCCUGGGUAGCGACGCGCUGCAACGGUCGCGCCGUGCGUUGGAGGCGGUCCUCCUCGCUGGCGGCGAGGAUCCGACGGAGCUGUCGGAGAAGCUGGCGGCGCUGGUUGGCCCAGGGGAAGAGGAGCUGUCUGGUCCGGAGCGCGACGUGCGACAGGCACUCUACGCCGCCGCCCUCGCGUGCGCGGGACACGCCAUCUUCAAACGGCAUUGCAACGAUGCGCUGCAGGCGGUCCUCUCGGUCGACUGA